AUGACUGGGAAGAUGACCACUACUGAGAUCACUACCAGGACCAUUACCGGGAUCACUACCAGGACCAUUACCGGGAUAACUACCAGGACCACUACUGAGAUCACCACCGGGACCACUACCAGGAUAACCACCGGGACCACUACCAGGAUAACCACCGGGACCAUUACCGGGAUAACCACCGGGACCAUUACCAGGAUAAUUACUGGGAUAACCACCGGGACCACUACUGAGAUCACUACCGGGAUAACCACCGGGACCACUACUGAGAUCACUACCAGGACCAUUACCGGGACCACUACUGAGAUCACUAUUGGGACCACUACUGAGAUCACUACCGGGACCACUACUGAGAUCACUACCGGGACCACUACUGAGAUCACCACCGGGACCACUACCGGGACCACUACCGGGACCACUACCGGGACCACUACCGGGAUAACCACCGGGACCACUACCGAGACCAUUACUGAGAUCACUACCGGGACCACUACCGGGAUAACCACCGGGACCACUACUGAGAUCACUACCGGGACCACUACUGGGAUCACUACCGGGAUCACUACCGGGACCAUUACCGGGAUAACCACCGGGAUAACCACCGAGACCAUUACUGAGAUCACUACCGGGACCACUACCGGGACCACUACCGGGACCACUACCGGGAUCACUACCGGGACCACUACUGAGACCACUACUGGGACCACUACCGGGACCACUACCGGGAUAACCACCGGGACCACUACCGAGACCAUUACUGAGAUCACUACCGGGACCACUACCGGGAUAACCACCGGGACCACUACUGAGAUCACUACCGGGACCACUACUGGGAUCACUACCGGGAUCACUACCGGGACCAUUACCGGGAUAACCACCGGGACCACUACCGAGACCAUUACUGAGAUCACUACCGGGACCACUACCGGGAUAACCACCGGGACCACUACCGGGAUCACUACCGGGACCACUACUGAGACCACUACUGGGACCACUACCGGGACCACUACCGGGAUAACCACCGGGACCACUACCGAGACCAUUACUGAGAUCACUACCGGGACCACUACCGGGAUAACCACCGGGACCACUACUGAGAUCACUACCGGGACCACUACUGGGAUCACUACCGGGAUCACUACCGGCACCAUUACCGGGAUAACCACCGGGACCACUACCGGGAUAACCACCGGGACCACUACCGGGAUCACUACCGGGACCACUACUGAGACCACUACCGGGAUCACUACCGGGACCACUACCGGGACCACUACUGAGAUCACUACUGGGAUAACUAUCGGGACCACUACUGAGAUCACUACUGAGAUCACUACUGAGAUCACUACCGGGACCACUACCGGGACCACUACCGAGAUCACUACCGGGACCACUACCGGGACCACUACCGAGAUCACUACCGGGACCACUACUGAGAUCACUACCGGGACCACUACCGAGAUCACUACCGGGACCACUACCGGGACCACUACCGAGAUCACUACCGAGACCACCUGGAACACACACGGAGAUAAGAGUUUAGAUGUAUGUGUGCUGCUUGGUAGCUUCAGCUUGCAUCCGGAGUACACACUGGUUGCUAAGGUGCAGGACAAAGAGAAAGAUCCAGCCCUGAGUGGGGACUAUCACAAGAACAGACACCUGGGCUGGAGCCGAGGCUCAGUGGCCUACUGUGCAGAUGAUGGGAAUAUCGUCCAUGUUAGUGGGGUUGGGAAACCCUUUGGUCCUUGCUGUUUCGAGGGGGAUAUCAUGGGCUGUGGCAUCAUGUUCCCAUGA